AUGGCGACAACGACGACAAUCCUCCGAGCAAAGACUCCCACCUUCGUUCAGCACCCUUAUUCUCGUAGCCACACGGCACCUCCCUGUCGCCCGCUUCGCGUCGUCAAGAAGAGCUCCCAAAACCAAGUCGACAAGUCCAGCCCUAUUCAUACGCCAAAUCAGACUCGUAGCAGCUCCCCCGUCCACUUCAACAAGCAGCGCGCUGGAGAGCAAGAGCGAGAGCGUGAACGCGACCGCAAGGCCGGAGCUCCGACCGGCCUUCCUCCUCGACCUCUAGUCAAGGCUGCCUCCUUUGAACUCAUCUCAUCGAGCCGACCACUCGCAGUAGAGAAGCAUCAACCUGAGAAGCCCAAGAUCCAGAUUGCCCCUACACCGAAGGUCGAGAUCAACAUCGUCGACAAGUCCACAGUUGUUCCCAUGACGUUGAUGUCCAAGCCCAAGACUCGGGCGCUGGCCAGGAUCAAGAAGACCUUGAAUGCCGUCGAUCUCACGAAAUGGGAAAGUGAGCUGUCCCCCAGUAACAUGAUUCAGGAGCACGAGGCCGCAGCCGCUGCGGCCGCUGUCGCUGCCGCCACUACGCCAAAGAGCAAGAGCGCCAGCCCCGAGUCCCUCAUUCCCAUCGUCAACGUGGGACGUGGACGCACCCGCGAGCCAAUCAAGGUCGCCCUGACGCGCACGAACUUCUUUCAAAUGGCAGAGAUACAAGAGACGCCUGUCAAGUUCAAAGGCCUGCCCAUCUCACCGCCCAUGCCGGUCAACACUGGACUUGAGCGUCUUGCUCGCAGCCGUGAGGUCAUGGCAGGAGCGACGCUCGGCAUCGCUAUGGCUCAUCAUCUCUCGUCACCUCCCCUCGCGGCAGUAGCCACCGCAUCAACAGUAGGAACAUUCCCGCCUCCACGUCCUCGACGACCGCCUCCCCGUCGAGAGACUCUGCCCCACGCUCAGCCCCAGCAACAAUUCCAGGAGCAACACUACACCAUGCCCACGGCCAUGCAGCGCACCGCUCGAAGCAAAGACAGCGCUGAACACUUUGAGCGCCGCCGUCGCCUCAGCGAGGCGUACUGUGACCUCGAUAUGGACGUCGAGGUGCUGAUCAAUGAGAUUCAAAUGCAUGAGGGACGCAAGGGAAAGGCCGGGGGCUACCGCGAGGCGCACCGUGAUGUCUGA